AUGGGCACAUUAUGUAGCUCAUUCAAAACAGCAGAACAUACUUCUCCGAUAGAUCUCUCACAGAGACAAUUGACGAAGUUGAACGAACUAACGAAUAUACCUGAAAAUGAUAUCUUAAUCUACUAUCGCCAAUUCAUGACUAUCAGUCCGAAUGGACGAAUGACCCAAGCACAAUUUGAUGAUCAAUUGAAAAUGCUCAGGGCAUCGACCGACCGAAGUCAAGCAAUAUUUCGAAUGAUCGAUAAGGAUAACUCCGGUCAAAUUUCAUUUCAAGAAUAUCUUCAAUCAAUCGCGACAUUCUCUCAGCAAUCUCAGCCAGAACAACAAUUAGGCACAGUAUUUGAUACUUAUCAGGCUUUAUCGCGACAAAGUUUAAAACCAACAUCAGAUGAGUUACAAAUCGAAGGAAUGACUAGAAAUGAUAUUGAACAUAUGUUAAAACGAAUGCAUCCUAGAAUUUCGCAAGCUGAAAUUGAUAAUCUAUGCAAUCGAUAUAUGGAUAAUGAUCAGAACAAAAACGGAUAUAUAAGUAAACAAGAAUUCAUUGCAGCAUGUAUGAAAAACGCCAAACUCAUGGAACAAUUAGGACAUCAAGAUGCGGUGGCUAAAAUUGAAACAAGUGAAAAAUAA